CAUCUUAGGUUAGUGCAAUAAAAUUAUUAUUUUGGGGCUAGCUCUUAGUUAUUUAGGUCGAUUGCAUUGUUCCGCAUGCGUGACCUCGCUCAGUUUUAAUGACGGUAGUGUGAAUAGCAUCCACCGCAACACAGACAUAAAUUCGCGUUGUGAAGUGGGAUCUGUAAACACAUACGUUGUGGGUUUACAACACGUGCGGGUAACUCUUCCCUGUUGACAUUUUUGUUUCAAAGAGUACAUUUCCGGUCAUGCGCAGUAAAUAUGUCCGCCAUUUCAUCGCUGUCGCUGACGCGAUGACACUAAAAUAAAGUACUUGUUUUUGUUACAUUUUAGCAGUCAUGGAUAAAUUUGUGAAACUAAGGAAGAUCGGGGAAGGGUCGUUUGGAAAGGCUUACCUUGUAAAAUCCAAAACAAAUGGUGAACAGUAUGUGGUAAAGGAAAUUGGAAUCAUCAAGAUGAAUGCCAGAGAACGAGAGGAAUCACGCAAGGAGGUUGCCGUACUAGCUCAGUUGAAUCACCCCAACAUUGUGACAUACAGAGAGUCAUUUGAAGAGCAUGGCAGUUUGUUUAUCAUCAUGGAUUACUGUGCAGGGGGUGAUUUGUACUCCAAAAUCAGUGCUCAGCGUGGAGUUCUCUUCCAAGAAGCCCAGGUCCUGGAUUGGUUUGUCCAAAUUUGUUUAGCGUUGAAACACAUCCAUGACAGGAAGAUACUCCAUAGAGACAUAAAGUCACAGAAUAUCUUUCUUACAAUGUCUGGGAGAGUGAGACUAGGAGAUUUUGGAAUUGCUAAGGUCCUUAACAGCACAGUGGAACUAGCCAGGACUUGUAUAGGUACCCCUUACUAUUUGUCUCCAGAGAUCUGUGAAAACAAACCAUACAACAACAAAAGUGAUGUGUGGUCCCUUGGCUGUGUAUUAUAUGAAUUGGCUACUCUCAAGCAUGCUUUUGAGUCUGGAAAUAUGAAAAACUUGGUGUUGAAAAUUAUCAGAGGGUCUUACCCACCCAUCUCCCCAAAGUACAGCUAUGACAUGAGGGGCCUGCUGGCACAGCUGUUCAAACGCUCCCCCAGAGACAGGCCCUCAAUAAACACUAUACUGAAGAAACCCUUCUUACGGCCAAGGAUUCAGAAAUUCCUCUCAGAUGCUGAGUUUUCUGAUGAAUUCAGUCACACCGUGAUGCAUGGGGUAAAGUUGAAAAAGAAAUUAGACCCCUCACCCGGGGGCGCUGUCCGUCCACCAGUUGUACCUGCUAGACCUCCAUCAGCUGGUAGGGCUCGUCCGCCAGCUGCGGGGGGGAGGUAUGAUCCAGCCAAAGUCUACGGCAAACCCAUGGUCAGAAAGUCCAAGGAGAACAGAGCCUCGGCUGACCUGAAGAAACGACCUGGCUCAGCAGAGAACAGACGACCACUACCUGUGGGCCCAUCUGCUAGCUUAGAGAAGAGAAGACAGGAGUUAAUAGCUAGAGAGAAGAAGAGACAGGAGGAGGCUAGAAACAAGCAGCAGUAUGAGAAGAGACACCAAGAGCUGGUGGAGAAGCAAAAGAUAGCUAGAAUGAACAGGGCCAGGGAAGAAGGCUGGAAGAACAUUAUCUCUAUGGGAUCAGGGGAUUCAGAUAGAGGUUCCAAUAGAGAUAAGGUUAAGGUUGAUGUUGAUAGAGGUAAACUCAACUGGCCUGCUUCACAGGGCGAGAGGGCAGGAGCAGAACAGAGAGGGAAGUACGACCAGUACAACGCUUACUUAGACAAACUAGAGCAAGAGCGUCAGGAGCGGGCGGCAGGACUGGCACCACAACAACGAGACUACAUGGCAGCUGGUCCUGUUGGAGCCCAUAGGCCAGGGCAGGGCAUGAGAGGACCCAGUCCCGUCCCUGGUGUUCCUUACCCAUCCCAGCUAGCUGUCAGGCAGGCCCAGGAAAACAGGGUAAAGGCUGAGGAAGCAGCAGAGAGAGCUAAAAUUGUAGGGGAUUUCCUUCAGCGGAAGAAAGAGGCAGCCCUGAACAGGGCCAGAGGGCAGGCUGAUCUGUUUGGAAGGCCCAACUCCGGAGGGCAGCAGAGAAAUGCAGGAGCUCAAGCAAAACCCGAGGCCUCUCCGUUUGCUGCAAGGAAUAAAGAGGAACAGGAAUAUUUACAAAAUUUGCGGAAGAUCCGUUUGCAGAAUUUCAAUGAGAGACGCAAACUGCAGGCUGACUUGGGCAAAAACAGGGUGGACCACAACAUCAGUCAAGAGGAGAGGAAGAAUAAGAUAAAGGCUCUGCGGCUGCAAGCUGAUCAGAGAGCCCAUGAGCUGAAGGUGAAUUUGGAAAGAGAAGCCUUUGAGAGGAAAAUGAAGCUUAUGGAAAACCAGAGACAGAAUGUAGCUGUUGGAGCAGAUGUUAGGAUGAAGGUUGUAACACCAGCAGCUGCUGCACCUAUGACCAAAAUACUACAGGAGAUAGGAGUGGCAGUGGCGCCUGCUGUGCCACAAGCUGUCCAGAAAGCAGAAUCCCCUGCCACCCAGAUGUCACGAGAAAAACAGGCAGAAGCAAUAAAGAAAAACUUAUCAGAAAAUUCUCCUUAUGUAGUGUGUAGCAAGUGGGGCAGUCCAGCAGAGCUUGUGGUUGAAGCCCCAGAGUCAGCUCGCUCACAGUGGGCAGAUGAACACCAGACCCUGUCCAUGCUGCCCCUGGAACAGACAUCCUCACAACACUCAGAAGACUCCACCCCAGAUGAUUGCAGUCAGCCAGAGCCCCCCAGUGCCCGUAGACAGUGGGGAGGGAAGGCCGGUACAGUGCUCCACGCCCUGAGGGAGGUGAAGAUAGCCAGUGCCACAGUGACACUGCCAGAUGAUAGCCCAGGUGACCGGCCUCAGAUUGGCGUGACACAGGGGUCAAGCAAACUGUUUGACAGAGUCCAUAUAUUUGACGAGGAUGGAGAUCUGGGAGAGGAUAAACCGAGGAGAAUUCCUCUGACAGGAGAGACAGUCACGCUACAGUCUAAUCAGACACCUGCUCAGAAAAAACAACAGAAAUCAGGGCAGAUGAAAGGCUUACUGGCUACAGGCUGUUUUGAUGUUGCCAAUGCUAAGAUUUUGCGGACGUGUUCUGAGCCUGAUUUAGCCAGACUGUUUAAGACAAUUGAGAAGGAGAAUUCAUUUGGGAAGUGUGCCAAUCCUAAGCCCAGUAGGAGCGUCGAGUUACAGGCUGGGGAUGAUGAUGAUGACGAUGAUGAUGGUGGUGAUGAGGGGGAUGAGGGUGAUGAGGAGGGUGUGGAUAGUCAGCAGGAAGAAAUAUCUGCAGAGAGUCCUGAAGGGAAACCAGACAAGCCACUGGAGACUGAAGACAAGCUUAAGCCUGAAGAGUCUGCUGAUGUGGAUAUAGCUGAUGUGGAAGAAUAUGCUGUGAAUGAGGAAGAAGACGAGGAUGAUGAGCUUUUAACUGUCAGAGAGAGCAUGGCUAGUCUGCUCAGCCUAGAGGCUGAUGAUGAUGAUAGUGACAGAGUAGCAUUUAGUCUGAGUGACAGCGAUGCCACGCCCCGAUCAGGUACCAGCAAUGCUGUGGAUGGAUCCAAUAACAAAGAAGUGGAAGAGGAGACUAAGAAGGCUGAGAAUAAUGAGGAGUCAGGAAUGAAGGAGGAGGAUAAAACAGCAGGUGGUGAGGAUACAGUGAAACAAGUGUUAGAGGUGGAAGGACAUACCGCUGUGGAGAGUGCAGAAGUCACAGAGAACACAGAUGAGGCUGACUUUGGAGGAGAGGAUGAAGAUGUUGAAGAGAACAUGUCUGACAAUGAAGAAUGUGAUGAGGAUGGCCCUGCAGAGCAGGGAGACUCCCGAAGAAUACCUGUGACAUUCUCACAACUGUUUGAAUCAGAUGAGGAGAGCGAUGAGGGGGAUGAGGAGGAGGAUGAGUAUGAUGUGUUUUCUAACCUGGAGGAGUCUCGUAUGGAGCUAGAGCAGGACCUGGGGUGUGAGAAAUUCUUACAGGCCUACAAGGCUGUACAGGCUGUACAUGAAGAUGAAGAUGAAGACAUUGAGGCCGGAACAAAGAUUGCUCUCAACAUCCUGGGCACUAACCACGAGCACCUGUACCCCAAAAUAUUCCAGCUGGUCAUGGCCGAUACAGCCUUCACUGAGGACAAUAUGUGAAUCCAUAAACUGUGUGCCAAUGUGGUAGCUGCUGAGACUUCUCCAGUGCUUUGUUCGCCCUGAAGCCUGUGUACCAGUGUGUGUAGAAUGAGGAUUUCUGACCAGAGUGUUUACAAUGAAGAUUUCUGACCAGUGUGUGUAGAAUGAGGAUUUCUGACCAUGUCAGCAGGCUUAUGUGUUCAUUAUUAGGGUAUAUGUGUGUUCAUUAGUGUCCGCGUGUGAAGGAUUGCUCCUCUUAUAAGUAUCAUGAGCAUGCUGAUGUCAUGUUGUAAAUCCAUACUGUAUAUUUAUAUUUACAUUAAUAUAGGUAAAAAGAUAAAUAUUUUCUGAGGGGAGAACAGGUCCAAGCAAAUAUGAAAACGCUAUCGCUUUUGUUGGUGUUGUAUUCCAGUGGCUGUUUUGAACUUCUGUUUCUCAUCAGGGUUUGUAUAUACAUUGUAUAUUAUCUAUUUACAACCAUACUUGUACGGUACCGUCCAUGAAUAAAAAGAUACAUGCUGAUGCUUUAGAUGCAAACAAGUGGGUUAUUUUGGGGUAAUUGUGAAGCCUUUCAACAAGUGUUAAAUUCAAAUGUUUUGUGCGCAGUAGCCACACAGAUCCUGCCGAAAUUCUCUGUUUUUGGUGUUUAAUCUGUAUUAAAGGCAAGAUAAGUACGUAAAAUACAGAGUUUUGAGGCCGUGUGCGGAUAUGUCUUUUAGAGACAACACCCACUCCACCCCACCCCCACCCCACCCCCAAUCGCCCAGGACAACAAAUCAGAUCUCUUUAGGAAUGGGAGCUUGCAUUAAAUUUUGUCAGUAAAUUAGGUAUUGCUAUUAAAAUAUUAUAAAAAAGUUGUGUGGUAUUUAUGUGAGCAGUAUUUAGCUGUAGCAAUAUAUGUUUAUUAUUCCUUGAAUUAGAAUUUCGACCUCUUAAACAGUCUCACUCAUUAUGGUUUACCACUAACAUUGUGAGUUACCAAAUCAAAUCAUUAAUCAACAUUGAUAGUUUAAUAAAUCAUUGUUAAUGUGUGUACUUUGACCGUUGUAGAAACUAUUCAUUUGAAGGCUACAGCACUGUUAGUGUAUCGUCUGUAGUUAACAGUACACAAUGACAGAUUUUAGCUAUCAGUGGAGGCAUGAUAGAGCUUUCUGAACUGUCAGUCAAGAAUGUGUAUUUGUCCGAUCAUAAUGAGAACUC